AGGUUUUUUGCAAUCAUAGAUAUGUUGCUUUACUCUCAGAUAUUGGGAUGUAAGACUGAUUUGUUUCAAGUAAAAUGACUCAAGCUGAGCUCUGCUCAUUUUUACGCCCGUGUCAGUGAAUAUUUGUACCUUUUGUUUUUCUAGAAUAUGUACUGUUAUGAGAAUGGACAAAAAGCAAUUAACAUAAAAUAUUAAGGCCCAAGCAUCAUAACCUGUCCUGGUAUGAUCAAUAGCUGUUUUACAAUCAAUUAUACUUUUAAUCUAACAUCUUGGUUGACUUAAUGAAAAAGCAAGCAUCAGGAGAGCAGGAUUCAAACCCCUCGACCAGUGCUUUUUCAUCAUUCAUCAAGACUAGCUUUUUCAUCUCAAUCAAAACCUUAGAUUAAAAGGAUAAUUGUUUAAAAUGGUUAAUAAUAGCCAACUGUGACCGCUAAAUAUAUAUACCAUGCCCUUUAAAAGCUGUUGUAUCCUCAGUUCUGUUUUGUAUUGGAAUGUUCAGAAAAUGCAAUUUCCUUCUGUGGGCACAAUAAUGAACCAAUAAUUUAAUAGUUACCUAUCACCAUGACUGACAAAAUCAGUGAGGUUAGGCUGACCAAGAUAAUAGGUACUAUCAACUAUAGAUUUUUUUAAGUUUAAUUGUAAAUUUCGAAAGUUUAUGCUUCAAGAGUAGAAGCAGACGUUAUUAUUCAGGGUGUGCAUUACACUUGGUACACCUAGAUCUGUUGUAUCCCCCAGUCUGUGCUUAUAGCACACUGGUGUUAGAAAAACUUGAUAUGCCCGGUUUCAGUGGUUGAAUCUCUUCUACUGUUACAUUAUACGUCCCAAAGCCCUUCCUCCUCGAGUAAUUGUAACACCACAGUUUGAUAGUAGGUGUGUAUGUGUUCCCUCUGCUUCUUUGCAGAAUUUGCAUGUGCCGAAUUACACAAAUCUUCAAAUGUCCGUUUGGCAUGCGAUGUCAUGUUCCUUUGCAUUCUGUUACCUUUUUUCUUCCAAAGUUUGGUACGAGAUUCUUGGAUUGUUUUGAUUCAAUGGUAAAUGGCAAGUUGUUCAUCUCUUCUUAAAACAACUCGAAGAUCAGCAGUCAUGCUAUAUUAUAAUGUUAAUGUUUCCAACUCAGAGAAGUAAAUAAUCUAAAUAAAAAUUUGUGUUUGGAUUGUAAACAGUGAAACGUGCGUUUUAGGCUUAAUCAAACAUUAUUCAAGUUAGCUACAAACGCUUAUGUUUACAGGUUAUGAGGGCCUUGAGAAUGAGAGCCGGAUGAAAACAAACAGCACGACCGGAUGCGAGAUAGACCUUUGUGGAUUUGGCUGUUGACGGUACUCUUUCUCGCGAUCGUCAAAGCGCACAUAAGGCUGCUUUUGCUAUUGGCACUCGGCCUCGCCGGGCUCUACAUGCUCCAUCUACUGGUCCAGGACUUCCAGCACAUCAACAAUUCCUUCAGGCCCGGGCAGGGGAGCCUCCUCAGCAGUCUAGCCGGCUUGAGCAGGGGGAAGAGGUCGAUCGGUGAUGCACAACAAGUACCUAACUGGGUCGUCGAGAGGCUGGCGAACGACACGAAGGAAAUGCGACAGGUCCUAAACAACGACCCGGUCGGAUGUGCCAGGAAAUAUGUCUGUCACAUCCAAUCGAAACAAAAACGUUCCAGGACGCAGGACAACGUUUUAUUUCUUCUAAGGGCGUUCAGCUGGCUGGAUAUAAACGGCGAGUGGAAGAAAGCUGAAGAGCUCGGAAGGAAAAAUGGCACGAAUGGAGCGUGCGAGAAGGCUUACAAAAAGUGCUGGUAUUCAGGAGCUCAACUUGAUAAAUUCAUGAAUAUGAUUUAGUAAUUUGAGAUUUUAACAAUGUAUAAUAUUUAAAUUUAACAGUCAAUGUAAUUUAUAAUAAAUGUGAUAGUAGGUUACCACUAAGAAAUAUACUAUUGUUUAUCAUUUUGUAAAUCUGUUGUUAUUGUUACAAAACAAACUUUUAUCUAGUUUUAUAAGUGUAUUUAAUAAGUGUUUUAUUCUCUUGAAAACUUUAAUUUUUUAAGAACCCUUUUGUUGUUAUUUGUUAAUAAAUUUUAAAAUUUAAUGAGGAACAGAGAGUGACAUUUAAAUAUACAUGUAAAGAUUCAUAUUUGAAAUAAGCGAUCGUGUAGAAUGCAAUCAAUACUCUUUUUUUAAUGUCAAAAUCGAAAACAUAGUAAAGAGAAAAGGACUAGGUACGAUUGGAUUUGGAUUUGUAUAAGCUCAAAUCUGCCCUUACAUUCACAUAUGUUCAUGAACCUAUCACUCUUUACCGUCCACCGGCAAUUCCAGCUUUUGUUAUUUACAACGAUUACGGGCAGGUCUUGAGAAUCACUUACCACGGGUGGUUUGUAGUCUGGGGACCUUUCAACCGCCGAUGUUGUGCAGAAGGUGUGUCAACAGCUAGGUAAAUUCAGCGCCCAACGCAUACAGUUUCUAGAUCCAAACCCAUUCGCAAUCUCACUCAUUCUUAAAUACCUUCUU